AUGGACCUUAUUGAUAGCCUUACAGACAGACUGCUGUUUGCGAUUCCGAAAAAGGGCCGUUUAUAUGAUAAAUGCGUUUCCCUACUGAAGAAUGCAGACAUCGCUUUCAACAGGUCAAACAGACUCGACAUAGCAUUAUGUACCAAUUUACCAAUCGCUUUGGUGUUCCUACCUGCCGCAGAUAUCCCAACGUUUGUCGGGGAGGGUAAGUGUGACUUAGGAAUUACCGGGAUUGACCAAGUCCGUGAAUCUGGCGUGGAUGUAGACGUUUUGAUGGAUCUAGAAUUUGGCAAGUGCAACCUCCAAGUUCAAGCCCCUGCAAAAGGCUCUUAUACUAAGCCAGAACAGCUAAUUGGGAAGACUGUUGUUUCCAGUUUUAUAAAUUUGACGUCGCAAUAUUUUUCAGAGCUGGAGGGAACAACUACCGACAAAAUUAAAACAACGGUAAAAUAUGUGGGCGGUUCUGUCGAAGCAGCAUGCGCCCUAGGCGUAGCAGACGCUGUUGUCGACCUCGUAGAAAGCGGCGAAACAAUGCGUGCGGCUGGUCUUACCGCUAUUGCCACUGUGCUGCCAACUAGUGCGCAUCUUAUUGCGUCUAAGCACCCGAACAGUGAUUCUUCGCUAAUUAAUACCGUUACAGGAAGAAUCACAGGUGUAUUGACUGCACAGAAAUACGUCUAUUGUACGUAUAAUGCAAUUGAAUCACAUUUACCAGCUUUGUUGAAAAUCACGCCCGGAAGAAGGGCACCUACAAUUUCAAAAUUAAGCGAAUCAACAUGGGUAGCUGUGUCCAUAAUGAUUCUUCGUAAAGACACGGGCUUUAUCAUGGAUCAGCUACAAAAGAAUCAUGCUGAGGAUAUUAUGAUAUUCGAGAUUUCUAACUGCCGUGUAUAA